AGUGUAAAUCAUAGAGAAAAUAGUUAUCAACUGGUUCAGUGUAUGUUUUCUCACGAGUGAAAUGUAGAGGUUAAUUGAAAUGUGAUUGCUAAAUACAUUUAUGUAUGGAUUUAAUGUAAUGUAAAUGUAGACGUUCGUUUUGUGUUUAAUCGUUGGAAAAUUGUAUUUACUUAUGAUAAACGUUUGUUACAAUUUUGUAAAUAGGGAAUGUAGUCAAGACAAUAUUCAUAUCUUGCAUUUCACUCUUAUGUUUUUCACUGGACGAAGAAUGACUUAGAGUGUAAUAUUUUACUGAGUUUUAUGUUGAAUCACUGAACAAUGGGAUAUACAUAUAUGUGAUAAAUGUCACACAUACUUUAGCCACCUUUGGAAUUUUCGCAGAGAUAUGUAGCCAGGAGGGUUGUGUAUUAAGUUCUCUAAAUGGAGAAUGGUAUAAUACCAUUACGACACGGAAGUUUACCUGGUGCUCUACGACUGCCCAAGAGAUAUGAAAAGUUCACCAAGGAAAUAAUGUCACCUGCUUCGAAACGGAAGUCAUCCAUUGCGUAUGCACAGGAAGAAAGCGAGGACGAACGAAUGCGAGAUAUGAUGCAAGCCAUCAUGUGGGUUAAACAGGAGCUAAUACUGCUUAGGCAGCAUGAUAUUUUACUCAAGAGACAAUUCUGUGAUAUCCAACACACCAUAAAUACCAUGAACAAAUCCAGAAAGUAUAGGAAAAGUCCCGCGACAGACUCUAACACAAGUCUGCAGUCUAAUGAAGGGAGUGACUUCGGGUUGGACAAUUAUUCUGUACGGUCAGCGUCAAGUGUUACCGCAUUAGACGGUACAGACACCGAAGAAGACGAUGAAAUAGGCCUUUUCCGACCUCGUACAUCUUCUAUGAAAACCACGCGGGAUUUGGCAGCUCUCGCGAGACGGAGAGGAAGCAAGGAAUUAAUAUAAACGUUCUAUAUCUUGUUUCAAACAGACAGGAUCUAUAUUAGUUUUACAUGUGCAUAAUUGUUUUGCAUUAAACACCUAGUCCAGGACGAGUUUAGUGUCCAAAUGCCCCUUCAUUUUUGUACAUUUAAUUUUAGCUUACCUGUAUCAUGCAUUAUUGAUAGAUUACAAUCAAUUGUCCUUAUGUGUUGCCCGGUAAAUACUUUACUUUCGCCGUAUUAAUCGGGCAAAAACUACCUCUUAAUGCCCAUGGUAUGAAAUUUUACGGUGCCAUUAAAACGCAAACUCGGCUAGUUAGGAAUUUAACGUAUUCUCGGUGAAUAAAACUGAAAGGAAAUCGGGACUCUGAGAAGAUGUAAAUGAACAGUAUUUAGUGAUCAUGUAAAAACAUUAUGGUUGUGAAAGACGCAUUGGAUUUUUCCAAGUAGUUUUGACAGACCCGUUUAUAAUUGUUAAAAAGUGUAUCGACUUGUGUGCAUAAAUAGAAUGACUUGUAAAUUGUAACAACAGAUGCUGUGACGGUUUCAUCAACUUAAAGUGCUCUCAUUGUGCUGGAUGAAUAUUUUGUAUCUCUUCUUUUUAUACCGUUUGUUAUAUCGUGUAUGUACAUCGGGAAAUAAUAAAAGAACCGAAAAUCAAUAUGGAAUGUUGUUUGAAGAAUCGUCUCUGACGCUUAACUACUUAUCAACCCAGAUAUACGCGCGUAUGUUUCACAUCUUUUAUAUAAAUGUUUACAGCAAAAUGCAAUUAAAACACAUUUUUAGAAGA